AUGGCAAAGGAACCGUCCAUUUUCCCCGUCCUGCUGUCGGGCGCAGCUUUUGGGGCGGCCCUGACGGCAGCUGGCGUCUAUCAGCCCGCCGUCAUCACCUCGCAGCUCAAGCUCCAGAACUGGCACAUGAUGCAGUCCUUCCUGACGGCCACUGCCGGUAGCGUCCUCAUAUCCGCCCUAGUCCAGUGGCUAGGCCACGCCGAGCUCCCGCCGCGCGGGUUCUCGUCGGUCCGACUCCUCGGCCGCGCCGACGCCAACGCCGCCGGCGGCGCCCUCCUGGGCUGUGGUAUGGCCCUGGCCGGCGCCUGCCCGGGCACCGUGGUCCCGCAGGCCGCGCUCGGCGUCGCCUCGGGCCGCUGGGCGCUGGUCGGCGGCGUCCUGGGCGGCCUCGCCUGGAGCGGUCUGCUGCGCCCGUGGACGGCGGCGCGGCGCCGCAGCGCGCAGGCUGCUGCUGCUGCUGCUGCUGCUGCCGGGCUCGAGAAGACGGGCGGCGCCGGGGGCAAUGGCGAGAAUACAUGGCGGGCCAGCCUGACGGUGUACGAGAGCCUGGGCGUCAGCUACGUGGCGGCAUUGGUUGUGAUGGAGCUGGCGCUCGGCGCCGCCGUCAAGAUUGUGAUGGGCCUUGGAAACUACAGCAAUGGCUCUGCCGGGACUUAUAAACAACAACAACAACAACAACAGCCGGUGCACCCCGUCAUCGGUGGCCUCCUCAUAGCCUCCGCGCAGCUCGUCUCCUUGCUGGCUCGCAAAGCCAUGCUGGGCAGCUCGGCGGCGUUCGAGGACGCGGCCGACCAUCUGCUCUGGCUGUGGGGGCGGUUUCUCUCUACAGGCGCCGACAGCCGCCCCGGUAGCAAGGAGGGCAAGCAGCCACGGCCCAAGACCGGCUCGCUGGUGUUUGCGGCGGGAAUGGCCCUGGGAGCCUGGGUGCUCGGCAGGGGGUGGGCCCCAGCAGCAGCAGCAGCAGCCCUACCCGGGCCGCCAGCGGCGGGCGGCUCGGCGGCUCGGGCGGCGCUCGGGGGGUUCCUGAUGAUAGUCGGGUCCCGCCUGGCGGGGGGCUGCACGUCAGGGCACGGCAUCAGCGGCAUGUCACUGCUUUCCAUAUCGAGCAUGGUCACGAUCGGGUCUGCGUUUGCAUCGGGUAUUGUGCUUUCGACCAGGUUCCUGUCUUGA